CGCCGAUCUGUUGUCGUCCGAGGAGGAUUGGGGUCCGUCCUGGCCAGCAUCCCCAGCAUCCUCCACCGCGCCCUCUCUCGGACGCUCCAAGGUGCACUUACCAGACACGGCCGCUCCGGUUGCCGAAGUCAUGCACUGCUCCCUCCCACCGCACCGCGAGACCAUCGCCUUCGCCUCCUACGACGAUUACGAGGUCCAUUACCGGCAGUCACAUGUCAACCGCUGCUCCCAAUGUGGGAAGAAUUUCCCCACGGAUCGUUUCCUGAAUCUUCACAUCGAAGAGAACCAUGACGCCAUCGUCGCUACGCGACGGGAACGAGGCGAGAAGACGUACGGGUGCUUCAUCGAGGACUGCGAGCGCAAAUGCUCGACACCUCAGAAACGCAGAAUGCACCUCAUCGACAAGCACAUGUUUCCCAAGACAUACAAUUUCUACAUAGUCAAUGAUGGGAUUGACAAACAGACCUCUUUGUUGCGGCCAACCAAGACGCACCGGCGCCGUCUAUCUACUACUCCAGCCUCGCCCCAGGAAGGGCGACUGAGGAACAGACCGACUUCUGGGUCCUUUUCGAGCGCAAAAUCGGGUGUGCAACAGACUCUCGCGACCCCCGCGGUCGCCGAUGAGAUGGAAAUCGCCGAGCUGGAGAAGUCCAUGUCUGCGCUGCGGUUCGUGCCAUCCAGUGUUACGAGGAACCAUGGCAGGGUUGAAAGGAGAUCUUGACCUUGACCUUGCGGUAGCUCGGCAUAUAGCUUACGUCCUACUUGGAAGAUUGAAGCAGGCACUCGAACAGAAUCUGUGAUUCUUCGCGGUUUUCUGACGCCGGAUCAUUCAAUAACUCAUAUUGCUUUUUCGGCGCCUUGCUCAAAUUGGGAACCAGGUCACAUAGCAAAAGGGACUCUCCAGAAGGACCUGCAAUAACUAUCACAUGCGUGGAAGAGCAUCGAUGACGUUCCUGUUCCUUCGUGGUAUCAGAGCCUAAAGACUCCCUCUCGUGCCGGAAAGCACCUGCCAUAGUCGGCAGAUUGAGACUCAUGUCACAGGCGAGUGACCACGGCGCAGGAGUUCGCUCUGCCCCAGAAGACAUAGCAAGACAUAGCAAAUCAUAACCUAUCUAUAUACAGGGGUAAUAAGGGAAUAUGAAGACUUCGAGCAGCGUGGGUAUACAGCAA